GACUAUAUUACAGUACAUAAUUUGGGCUUGGUCGAUGAGUAUAUAUCAACCGUAUUGACGCGCCGGCAUCAGACCACUCACCGCAUUUAUAAGCCGACCGUCAAUUGCUGCAGACACAUUAUCACGAAAAAGCUGCCGUUGAAACCGGCUACUACUACUACUCAAAGUCUUUAUUGAUCAUUUACGUGGAGCACGUAGCAUCAUGGUCGUCGGCAAGAAAUUUGUGUUCGCCAAGCACUUUGUGGGUGAGCCAAAAGAUGGUGAUUUAGUCUUGGAAACUUUUGAAGUACCACCCGUUAAAGAUGGAGAGAUCCUGGUCGAAGCCGAGUACUUGUCCGUGGACCCGUACAUGCGACCUUACACCGCACGUAUGCCCACAGGCAUCACUAUGAUCGGCUCUCAAGUGGCCAAAAUCGUCGAGUCGAAAAAUCCAAACUACCCGGUUGGCAAAAAAAUCGUAGGAAACCUUGGCUGGAUCACCCACUCGGUACUUAACCCCGACGACACGCCGAAAAACACGCUGGUGUCGCAAAAGCCUUAUCUCUUACCGGACUUGGAACCGCUGUCCUCGUCUCUUGCUCUAGGGAUGCUGGGAAUGCCAGGAAACACUGCCUACUUCGGCUUUCUAGAAAUCUGCAAGCCAAAAGCAGGCGAAACGGUGGUGAUCAGCGGCGCUGCCGGAGCAGUUGGAUCUCACGUUGGUCAAAUCGCCAAGAUACUGGGACUCAAAGUCAUCGGUAUCGCCGGCACCGCGGCCAAGUGCAACUGGCUCGUCGAUGAACUCGGCUUCGACCAGGCGAUAAACUACAAGACUGACGACAUUGCCGCUUGUUUGAAGAAAGCCGCGCCCAACGGAGUUGACUGCUAUUUCGAUAAUGUUGGCGGAGAAAUUUCCAGCUUGGUCAUUAACCAUAUGAACGACUACGGCCGAGUUUCUGUGUGCGGUUGCAUUUCCUCUUACAAUAACAAUCUCGACUAUGCGGUAAACGAGAUACCAAAGGCUACGAUAAUCCAGCCUGCGGUCGUGUUUCACCAACUGAAAAUAGAAGGCUUCAUCGUCAUGAAAUGGGCCGACAGAUGGCUGGAGGGAAUCCAGAAGAAUCUCGCUUGGAUCCGCGAAGGAAACAUCAAGUACAAGGAAACCGUCACCGAAGGCUUCGAUAAUAUGUUCAAGGCUUUCACGGGAAUGCUCAAGGGAGAGAAUACUGGAAAAGCUAUUGUUAAGGUUUAAAUUAAUGUACUGAUAAUAAUAAUCGUGAUACAUUACAUAACAUUUAUACAGUGUAAGAUGUUAUGCAUAUAUUUUUGUAAUAUUUUAAUAAAAUCAUGAGAUCGAAUAAGAAUA